UCGGGCACGGGAGGGAACCGGGAGAAGUUUGGAGCAGAGGGCGGGAGGCCCGGCAGCGCCGGGAGAGGAGCGGUGCAGCUGCUGGGAGGGUGGUCCCGGGGAUGCGAUGCUCCCUGCCCGGCCACCGUGUCCCAGGCGUUCUUCGGGAUGGGUCACGGGUGAUGUGCCGGUGCCUGCCUGCCCUGGAUGCUUCCGGACUGAGCAGGUGUAAUGCUUCUUAGCGCCAGAUGUUGCUAUGAGGAAAGGAGUCAGCAAUGACUGAUGUGGAGCCUGUGGUCACAGAUUUUGCAGCAUCAGGACGGGCAGGCCGCCGAAACGCCUUACCAGAUAUCCUGGGCUCUCCUGCUGGUGCUGGGACUUCAGACCUGCCACACAAACUGGCUGAGCUCUCUGUUUCAGAAGAUGCAGGAGCAGAGGGUGGAGAAGUGUCAUCAUCCAAAGCCUUGCUGGAAAGUCAAGAGGCAGAAGGAAAACGCAAUGAUUCCUAACACCUAAGGACUUCUGGGUUGAUGAAUCCCAUUGACAGACUUCCCAGUUUCCCUGUGUCACCCCAUCUGAAGUGUGGUAGCAACUUUAGCAGCACAGACAUGACUUUGCAACACACUUGUACCUAGAUAUUAUGUGAAUGGCAUACAGUUCUUCCUACUGUCAUCCUUCAAAAGCAAUGUUGACAUAUCCAAAUAGGAAGAGAACUAAAGAAUGUAUCUCUUGUUUUCAGUUUCUCUCUUUUUAUGGUUGUAGUAUUUGUCCUAACUAAUCUUCUUUGACAGUUCCAAUUAAUAUACCUACCCAGAACUAAUCAUUGUUUCAAAACAAAAAUAUUAUUUCUUAAUUUCCCAAACCAGCUUCUUUCUCUCUGACACAGAGGUGUGUUCACUCCCCACAUGAUAUUAAGUAUAUAUUAGAUUACAGACACUAUCUGUAAUUUAUCUCUGGAGAUUUUUGUUCUCAUUAGACAUAUGUAGAUGGGUGUGAGAAAAAAAAUACAUAAAAUAAAAUUUUCUCCUACUCCUGUUGCCAGAAGGUUUUAUAAACUACUUAAACAUGAGUGUUUGUUUUCAGACUCUCCUUAUCUCUAUUUGAUUAUGGCAGAUCAUCUCAGUUUUCCCAUUCUUUGCAGUCUCUUCUCUCUUCGGCCAUUAGUUUUCAUGCUGAAUAUUGUAGCUGUUCAUGUGUAUCUAAAGUAAAGUAGGUAUGUUUGUAUAUGAUGAAAAUUGUUUAAUCUCACUGUGGAAAUUAAAUAUCUAUCAUCUUUUCUGUCUUUGGUUGAUUUCUUAAUGUUUCUCCCAUAGGACAAUAUUUAAAGCCCAAUAAUACAUAUUUCUUUUAUUUC